AUGAGGGGCAGAGAAGAGGAUGAAGUCACAGCAGGAAAAUUGGCUGAUGAAAGAACAGACAUUAGGAUUGGUGAUGAAAAGAUAGAGCGAGAGGAAUGGAGAAAGGAGGCAGAGGGAGGGUGUGUGUGUGUGUGUGUGUGUGUGUGUGUGUGUGUGUGUGUGUGUGUGUGUGUGUGUGUGUGUGUGUGUGUGUGUGUGUGUGCAGAGCCGGACUUCGUGGGUUCGGCCCUGGUGAGGGAGAGCAGCGGCAGUAAAGAUGGAGACGACGACAAAAUCUACUUCUUCUUCAGUGAGCGGGCGUUGGAGCUGGACUGCGACACCGAGCUCAACGUGGCCCGAGUGGCUCGCGUCUGCAAGGGGGAUCUGGGUGGUACCAGGACUCUGCAGAAGAAGUGGACCACCUUCCAGAAAGCCCGUCUGGAGUGCUCCCUCCCCGAACGCCACGUCUCCUUCAACAACCUGAGGGCGGUGUUCACGCUGCCCGGCCAGGACUGGAGGGGCACCACCUUCUACGGCAUCUUCCACGCCCAGUGGGGUGACGUGGACGUGUCGGCGGUGUGCCAGUACCAGAUCAGCGAUGUGAAGAAGGUUUUUGAAGGAUCCUACAAAGAGUACAGGGAGCCGUCUCAGAGGUGGGGGCGCUACACCGGGGCGGUCCCUGUCCCACGGCCUGGAGCGUGUAUAACUAACUCCGACAGAGAGAACGGCUACAACAGCUCCCUGCAGCUGCCUGAUGCCACGCUCAACUUCGCCAAGAAGCACCCGCUGAUGGAGGACAAAGCUCUGGCUCGCCCCCUGCUGCUCACCAAGGGGGUCAACUUCACCCGGCUGGUGGUGGACCGGGUCAGCAGCCUGGACCAGCGGGCCUACAACAUGCUGUUCAUCGGCACAGCGGAGGGCUGGCUGCAGAGGGUGGUGGUCCUGGGCAACGAGGCGCACGUCAUCGAGGAGAUCCAGCUGUUCGAGACCCCGCAGCCCGUGGACAGCCUCACCAUCUCACACUCAAAGAAGUACUUGUACAUCGGCUCUCGUUCGGAGGUUCUCCAGCUGCCCUUGGCCAACUGCAGCCGCUAUCAGUCCCAGCCAGACUGCCUGCUGGCCCGAGACCCCUACUGCGCCUGGGACAGCGAGGGCCGCGCCUGCGUCCGCAUCGACCUCCACCGCGGCUCCACCUCCUCCCUGUCUCAGGACCUCAUGCUGGAAAGGUUCAGCCGGGGGAAACCCAAGUUUGAUAAGCCUGUCUCCAUCCCGAGCCCCGAGCACUCCCGCCUGAAGAACAUCACAGUUGUGGUGGGGUCGGACAUGGUGCUGCCGUGCCAGCUGGUCUCCAACCUGGCUCAGCCCUUCUGGCUCCUGAACGACCGGGAGCUCCAGCUCGGUGACCCUGAAGCAGGAGGGCCACACUUCGACCGCACUCUGAAGGCCCUCGUGGUCCCCGCAGCGGGGCAGAUGCAGGCGGGACGCUACAUCUGCUACUCUGAGGAGCAGGGGGUGAAGUUUCAGACGGAGCGCUACCAGGUGGCCGUGGUGGCCAGCCCUCCUGUGUUCAUGGAGGCCCGUGCUCCAGACAGCAGCAUGGGGCUCUUCUGGGUGCUGGUCAUCACCCUCGGAGCGGCGUGCCUGCUGCUCCUCGUCGCAGCUCUGUACCUGCGCAGGAGGCUGAAGCUCGCUCUGGGGAAAGGAGCCGACAUGAAGCCCCUUGAGAGCACCUUGGUUUACCCCAUCACCCUCCCUAAAGAGCCGCCAACGUUUGUGCCCAGCAAGAUGCCCACUGACGAGGACCGCUUCUGGGAGACGGGCGCCAACUACUACUACUCGGACGGCUCGCUGAAGAUCGUUCCCGGCCAUGCCCUAGGGCCCAGCAGCUUGAGCAGCACGGCGUCACCGAGCGCCAUCCCCGGCCAGCCCAUCCACUCCCCGAGCCGUCUCAGCCUCACCAACAUUAGAGGUUCGGGUAGCAAUGGCUACAUCCGCCUCAACCUGAGCACAGCAGGGGAGGAGAGGGCUAGCGGGGCUGGCGCUGGGGGCGGCGGGCUGGGGGGUCUGGGCCUGAGCGGGAAUGAUUACUCGAGCCCCUUCAAGGAGGAGCUGAGACGCACGCUGCAGCAGAGGAGCGUUCUGCCCGACGCCAACCCCGAGGAGUCCUCCGUCUAGACGUGUCCCUCCUCCGUUUCCCCGAGUUGGAAAAACAAAACAACCAACCUACCUCCCUCCUCCUGAGGACGCCUGCUCUCUCUCUCUUUCAGUGACACGCUGUCAUUCGCUCCGCCAAUGCCUGUUUGGCUCACUGUUGACAUUUAUAGCACACAGCAUGUUCAAAAUACACUCUCAUACACUGUGUUCGCCAACAUGCACUCCUAUAAUUAUCGUGUUCCAGGCAGUCAUGGUUGUGGCUUUUUCCUGCUUCCACUGUGCCGUCGCCACCUGUGUAAAUUGUGUAUUUAAAAAAAAAAAGGCUGAACACAGAGGAGCACACCUCGAGCAUGGAAAAUCUAACAAAUGGCGUUACAUGUGUUCUGAAGGGCACGUUUAAUUGACGUUGAGUGGACCAAGAGGCUCUGUGCUGAAACCGGUUGAUGAAUGACAAGUGCAACUGACUGGAAAAUAUUGAACUGAUUCUGUGUCCUUCUGGUCCUUUGAGACUUUCUUUCAGCUUACUGUGCUUAAAAACUGGAAGCAUGUCUUCCCUUUUUGUAUUAGUGAGCCAAGAGUGUGAGAGCGGUAUAAAAAAGACUAAUUAAUCUCGAAGCAAGACGACAAUCACGUCCCAUAGCAGGCGCUCUGCGAGGGACAGAGAGGAGAGAGAGCCAGAGACAAAGAGAGAGGAAAUGAAAUGGAAAAUGAAGUGAAUUGGAGAGAAAGACACAAGGGGGGGUUUGAAUGAAGGACAGUCUCAACACUUUCUCUGCUCAAUUUGUAAUUUUUUUUCUCCCAAGUUGUAUUUAGAAAGUCCUUGAUCCCUUCCACUUUCAUUUGUCGUGAUGGUUGGUUUGAAUUAAGACAUUUCUUGUUGUUCCUUUUUAUACGUCUUACACGACUACAGCCGUGUUCAAACGGUUAUUAGGAGACUAAUGGAUCCCCUCUGUGAAUGACAAUGUGAGGGCACAUUCCUCGCUCAGCGGUGACCUUCAAAACGCACCUUCAAGUCCAAUACACUACAAGUGCACUCCGUACGACAUUUAUUAGAGUCAGAGUGUGUAACAGAUAUGUGUUUUGGCUGAGCCCUUUUAUAGGACGAUUCUUUAUCUCCGCAGAAAGAAAAGGUUAUUUGCUUUCAGCUCUUAGCGGCGGAACAUAACUGCACACUUAAUUCCAAAUUGAAGCUGACGUGAAGACAUUAGGCAUGGAGAAUGUAGAUGAACCCUCACUGUUGCGACCGCUGUGGAUGUCUCUAUAAGUGCUUUAUAUCUUAGUGUAUGGUGAGGGCGGUAAUGUGCACUGCCAAGAAGGAAAAUACCCCACACACACACACUUACACACUUGUUAGUCCUUUGAAUGCCAACCAUCCUUGACCACAGUGUGUUUGUGAUGCAUCCUUAAAGCCCCAUGAAACCCCUUCCCCCUCAUACCGAUGCCCAGAGACUGACCUGGGCUACUGUGGACUAAAACACACCAACAUAAACAGAAAACACACACACACACACACACACACACACACACACACACACACACACACACAGUGCUGAUGGAAGGAUGGACUGACAGACAGACUGAUUGCUGCCGUGCUGCCAAACUCCUGGCUCCAGGCAGGAAAGCGGCCGUGAACCAGAGAAAGGGGUGGCUUUCGUUUUUUUGGGACGUGUCUGUCGGGACCAGAGGAGAACUGCAUGAAGGAAGGGGGGGACAAGAAGACCUUGUUGUUUCCCCCCCACUGUGUACAGAGCGCUGAGAGAGAUGUAGAAUAU